AUGGCGGACAAUCAAGAGCGCACUCAGGAGAAAUAUCCCGCUGUCGAGGAGAAAGUCAACACCAUGGCUCCCCGACCACGCACACCACGCCCUUCAUCGCCAAUAUCUGCACCUAUAGCUAGCAUACCGGACGAAACAAACCCAUGGCAAGAUGCAGAAUCAGAUAUAGCUCAUUCAAGCGAACCCAUACCUCACGAGCCCCCCGAAGCCCAACCUCACCACGAAUAUGCGAGGAGCUGGCCCCCAGCGUUGCAGGAUCAAGUUGAUAUAAGUUAUCAAGUUGGUACAAUACUUGAGCUCUACGACACCUCGCAGCCGCCAACUCGACGUGCAUUCGCCGCUCCGCCUCGGAACUCACGUCGCAACCAGCAUGAGGGCGCGGGAAGCAGUGCGUACCCCCUAGCUGAUGUCGGCUCACAAGGGGAAGAGGAUGAGAGUUGGCUAGGUGCUGCUUCUGAUGUAUUUGAGCCUCUCCCAAGUUCGCCGAAUGGCAGCCAAGUUCUGCAGACAGAUGAUGAUGUGGAGGACCUCCUGACUCCCGAGAACUUUGCAAAGUACAAACGGUACAGGAGGAGGGAGAAGAGGGCGGGGAGGGGGUGA